CAUUUAAAGGGGCACAGGGAGGAAAAGGGGGGGGGUUAUGCAGAGAGGGGGGGAACCCCUUCCUUUUCUUCACAUUCCUGACACAAAAGGAUGGCAACCUGAAAACAAAGCUAAAAUGAACUCCCUCAGAUGCGGAGCUAGAUAAUGUCUUUUCUUUUCCUCUACGUUUUGCUUGUUUCGUUUUUUUCUUUUUCCUCAAGCUCCCAGCUGUUUAGCGCGCGGCGGGGGCUGACAAAGCAGGAGGGGCUGAGGAGCAGACGUUUGCGGACCACACCAGGAGGCGGGAGAAGCUGCCCGGAGAAAGUUUGUCCGGACUUAUGGGGAUGGAGGGGGCGCCAGGGGCGGGCCGCCCGUCGGAGAAGCGGCGAAGCUCAGCCCCUCCUCCCACCCUCCGCCCUCGCAGCCCGCUGGCGGUGCGGUUCCUGACCCGGCGCUUCAUCGGGGAGUACGCGUCCAAUGCCGAAUGCAUCUACACUAAACGCUUAUGUCUGGAUGGAAGGCAGAUACACUUGGAAAUUUAUGACCCUUGUUCACAGCAGGGGAAGCUCUCCCUCACAGACGAGCUCCACUGGGCUGAUGGAUUCAUCAUUGUUUAUGACAUCAGUGACAGAGCAUCAUUUGCAUUUGCAAAAGCAUUGCUAUACAGGAUCCAAGAAUCUCACAUAGGAGCUUGUAAAAAAAUGGUUGAGUCAACAGUGUUUUUGGUUGGUAACAAACAGGAUUUAUGCCACAUGAGAGAAGUUGGCUGGGAUGAAGGACAAAAACUGGCAAUGGAUAACAAGUGCCAAUUCUGUGAAUUGUCUGCUGCAGAACAUUAUCAGGAAGUUGUGGCAAUGUUCACAAGAGUCCUGAGGAGUAUCACCUCAAAUCUCAAGGCAAAGGAAAAGAGAAGACCAAGUGGAUCAAAAUCAAUGGCCAAGUUAAUCAACAAUGUGUUUGGAAAGAGAAGGAAAUCUGUGUAAAAGAUGGAUAGUCCUGAAGUAGGAACAAGCUGAAAUCGCGGAGCACAAGCAGUGCUUGGGAUUCAGUCAACCUCCUCUGAAGGUCAAUGUCUGGAGGAGCAAGAUGGUAUAAACCAAAGGUGGAAGAUAACAUGAUCAAGGGGACAGGCCUAAACCUAGGAGACCUGACCUCUGUCUCUGGUUCUACAGCAGACUUAAUGUGCUAGGGCUAUGUCACUUAAUCUCUAAGCUGCUGCUUUCAACCAUUAUCUCAUAAGUUCUUCAUAGAAAGACAGUUUUACUAUAUAUUUAUUCAACACCAACAUGAUCAUAGGUGGAGCUUCUAGGAGCAGCUGAGAAUAAAUUGUUAUUUCCAAUAAACUCAGUCUUGCUGACCAAACUCUUGAGAACUCUGAGAUGUAGUUCUUCUGUACGAGAACUCUUUCACUAAAAUAAAACGCUCUUACUGAAUGCAAGGAAGAACAGUUCAGAACCUCUAACAGUUUAAAGGUGUUUGACACCUGCUGAUAUUCAUAAGAAUUAAAUGCUUAGACAUCAAAUCUACAGAAGAUAUGUAUCAUCAAAGCUGCCUUGUGGAGACAUCAGAAGUAGGGAAGCAUAUGAACAGAGCAGUAUUGUCUCCAGUUUCAGUAUCUUUUGGUUUUGAGUGAUAAAAGAAAGUAGAGAGUACUGAGGAGGUUAGGAACUGAAAAAAUGGUAGUGGAUGAGCAUUGGACAGUUUCAGUGAGAUCUUUGUUCAGUGAAAUCAUUUUAAGGCUAGGACUAGGGUAACAUCUUAGGCUGAUCGCUUUCCCAGAGCAGUUUUCCUGGGUUGUAACAUAGUUUCUUUAAAAGGUGGAUAUGUCAGUUCAAGUUCUUGAUGUCUGCCUGCUGGUAGGAACCAUGCUCCUAAAUUGCAUAGUUUUUUUCCUAGGGCCAGUGUUUUUACAACCAAGUCAUUGCUAUGGUAUUGAAACCCUGCUUGAGAGAGUACUAAAGAAUAUGUUAGCUAUGCUUUGAAAUGUGGAUAUUAAACAUCAGAUGGGUCUAAAUAUGCUGUCAGUUGACAUUUAGAGCUCUUGCUGUAGACCUACCUAAAUAAGAGCUUACCCCUGCAUGUUUGAAAGUGCUUUGCUCAUACAGAAAUUAUAAAGGGAAGAGAUUUGAAAGUGAACUACUGCCUCCUGCCCAGAGGACAGCUAAGAUUCAGUCUUGGUGAGAUGCUACAUUGAAGCUUGCCUCUGUUCAGGAAUGUUACCUGCAUUUUAAACUAUUAAGAUUACUUUGUAAGUCAGGGCGGAACACUCAUUUUAAGAUGUCCACCUCCAUAAGAUGGCAUAUAAAAAGCUAUACAAUCUUAAUGUUACUGUAAAUAAAACUAAAGCAUGUUUUAGUAAGUGUUAAACAGAGAGCCCUUGCUUUUUUUUUGAAGGAAAAAAUAUUUCUUUUAUUUUAAAACUACAAAUAUUGGAAUAUAGUUCUCAGUCACAAUACUACUUUAUUUUUAUUCAGAGGCUGCUCUAUCAUAUCAGGAAUACUGUAUUUAAAAUUGCAUUGUCAUUAUCUAUGAAACUGAACUUGAAGACUACUGAUGCACACCUCUCAGCUUUUCAGCACACAGAAUUCCAGAACAACUGCUAGACUGCUGGCAGGGCAGCUGUAUCUUGCCAGCUCUAGCACUGUCUGAUUUUUAAACCUCUUACUGUAUUUCCUACUGUGAUACUAAAUAAACUAAAUAUAAGAUGGAUGUA